CUCACAGCAUACCGUCCGUCGUGUCUUGACCUUCGCCCUCCGCUCCCACCCCCUCGCGACUUCUCUCAUCAUGGCCUCGUCGCAGUCGGUAGCGAGGCUGCUCUCUACCCGCCGCCCCGUGGUCGCUGUGCCUUCUGCCACCCUGCGGGCUCUCGCCGCUGCAAACUUCUCGUCACUGCCCCCGCCAAAGCGAUGGGAUCAAUCGGGAGAGUCGUCGUUGGACAAGGCGAGUAAAUACUUCUUGAUGGCAGAACUCUUUCGCGGCAUGUACGUCGUGCUGGAGCAGUUCUUCCGCCCACCUUACACUAUUUUCUAUCCCUUUGAAAAGGGCCCGAUUUCCCCUCGUUUCCGUGGUGAGCACGCUUUGCGUCGGUAUCCAUCUGGUGAGGAGCGCUGCAUCGCUUGCAAGUUGUGCGAAGCCAUAUGCCCCGCCCAGGCCAUCACGAUUGAAGCCGAAGAACGUGAAGAUGGAAGCCGACGGACGACCAGAUAUGAUAUUGAUAUGACCAAGUGCAUCUACUGCGGGUAUUGCCAGGAGAGUUGCCCGGUUGAUGCCAUUGUUGAAUCUCCCAACGCGGAGUAUGCUACCGAGACUCGAGAGGAACUGCUGUAUAACAAGGAGAAGCUUCUGGCUAAUGGUGACAAAUGGGAACCUGAGCUCGCUGCUGUCAUUCGCGCUGAUGCGCCCUACCGAUAGAAGUGUGAUUGGCUGCUUCGUAGCAAUCGAGUCUGCACCUGCAACAAUGUAUAUACCACAACUCGUGAAAUGGUGACAUUCAUCCAUUCGCAUUUCCUUUGUCAGACUACAAGACUUGUUCGCUCUAUUUUAUGUUUGUUAGUAGCAGAAUUUCUGGUUAAUAAAAAGGAGAAUCUUCAUGUAA